AUGGCGGAUCUCAGUGCGAUGAAGGGCAUGGCUGCCGAGUCACUGCAACAUGCUGUGGCGCAGCAACAGAUGCAAGCGGCUUUCAAUGGUGUCAAUAGCAUCGCGAAGGACUUGAAAAAAGAUUUUGGCAGUUUCCUGAGCUGCGGCGACUCCUGGUGUAUGACCAUUGAAGAUACAGAGCCAGGCCAAGAGGAACAGAUCAGCUCCCAUUGGCUGCGCUUGUGCGUUCAUCAUGGCCUUAAGAUGCCGCAUGAGCCGACCUUUGUAGAAGUGAUCUGCAACAAGGGCCUGCGACGCGAGCAGCGCUUUGCCUCGCGGCCGGUCACGGCCGGCACGUCGCCCACCUGGGAUUUCACCCUGGAAGUGCCGUUGAUCAACGAGGAGCUUCCAACGAUUCACAUUCGCAUCAUGAAGAGUCACCUCAUUCCAUCCGAGCAGGGCAUUGUCCAGCUGACUCAGCUGGCGUCGGUGAAAGGGGUGCAGGUGGAAGAAUUGGACCUGCACCUGACAGAUCUCACGCACUGCUGCGCUUCUCCUGGCGCCUGCCUGGUAGUGGCCUGGCAGGUAGGACAUGCUUUGGAUUUCAAGGGCGACCUGUCGAGGGCUGGCAGCAUGGAUAAAACGGCCAUGCGGAAGCAGACCUUUCACCUGGAGGUCACAGUGAAAUCCUUGCGCUUGCUACACGAUCUGGAUGGAUCAGAGAAGAUCUGGUUGAAGCUGUUCUUGGUCAACCGAGCUGGUGCAAAGGAAGAUGUGAUUCUACAUACGGUCGGUGCUGUCGAUCAAGAGGACUCCAAGAGCAUGCUGUUUGUCAAUGGAUCGGGCCGUUUCGAGUUCCACGAAACUGAGGUGUCGCUGGCUGAUUACGACCUGGUGAUGCAACUGUGGGAUCGCAGCUCCAAAACGCGAGCGCAGAUGAUGGGGGAAUGGAAGGAUCCCAUUUCCGAGCUCCGCGACCUCAUCAAGGGCCGUGGCUUGCAGCUGCACUUCCGCGCGCUGAUGCACCACGGGCUGCGAAACAUGGGGGAGGUCAACAUGAUGCUGGACAUCUUGGACUCCCAAACCACGGUCCCCCAUGAGGAACCGAAGCGUUCGAAGCUUCCCAAACGUCGAGGGAAAACUGAGAUGGAGCGGAAGGACAAGUUCUAUCUGCACAUAGGUUCCCUGGGCGUCCAUGCCUCAAGGACCCGGACGCCCUAUGUGAAGGUUAUCUCUGCCGAGGGCACGGUGUCUUCCACCUGUGAAUAUGAGGAGGUGGACGAGGUGGACAAUGCCACGGCCGGCUUUGGCGAAUUCACUGACGCCCUGCAGGUGAAGGUCACGGCCGGCCACGCGCAGCUGCGGAUCCAACUGUUCCAGGAUCGGACGGAAAGCGAGCUCUUGGGACAGGCCAUCGUCUAUGAAGCCAAUGCUGAGCAUGGACCAUGUUGGAGGCACAUCUAUGGACCCAGGAGGGCCGGAGGCCUCAGCAUGUUGGGUAUGGGCGUCUUAGACUCCCAGACGGAGGAAGCUGAAGAAAUGGCACGAGGACGUUUACCUCCCAGCUGUUACCAUGGCUCGCUGUAUAUCACCUGCGACCGCUUUGCCGGGCGCAUUGUGGGUCUGGUGUCGCAGAUGACCAGGUCGUUGUUACCCUCCAGGUUUCGCGUGCGGCUGCAUCGCGGGGUCUACUUAGAUAGGUAUUGCAAUCAGAAGCUCCUGGUGCGGGUGGAGAUCCCUGGCAGCGCCCCGCUGCUCUUCCCCGGCGAGGUGAACGCCCAGGGCGCGCUGCGCUUCGGCGGCGAUCCGGCCGAGCCACCGGGAUCGCCGCCACCGAGUGCGUUGGAGGAGAACAACGCCUGGGUGGAGAGAUGGAGCGAUGGAUUUUUACUGGAGGAAGUCAGCCAGGCCUUUGUGUACAUCCACCGUGAAUACGAUGGACUGUCCAGGCCCGCGGAGGUCUUUGGCACAAUUCAGCUGCACUUCGCGCACUCACCGGCCGUGCCACAGUGGUCUAUGCUGCAGUACGACAGGUCCGUGCUGGCGGCGCAGAAGCUGCCUGGCACCGCGGCACAGGGCUUUCUCCUUGGCAGCGCCACCGUGGACAUGGCGCCCGCAGGCGCCGCAGGCGCCGUGUCGGCGGCGACGGAGCCGCCGGUGACCACGGGGAAGGCCAUGGCGCUGCUGCCAGUGUAUGGACAUGUGGAUGUGCUGGCAGCAAGGAACUUGCCCGCCUCGGAUGCGGAUGGACUGGCGGAUCCCUGCUACGAAGUGAGGUUUGAGGAGAUGACGUUGAAGUUGGAGGAGCCGGCCAGAAGAACUUUGAACCCCACCUUUUUACACCGUUUGGUGCUUGGACCUCUGCUCCUCCCUGUCGACGAAGGUCAAGGACAGCUGAUGUCCAAAGACACCGCGACGUUGCCACCCAUGUUGAUCAGCGUCAAGGACAAGGAUGGCGUCAAGGACCAAACCUCCUUCACACUUCUAGGCAAAGCAGCUCUGUGCAACUUGCCAUCCUUGGAUUACCACGAUGAGCACUGCGAGGGUUUGGAUGUGAAUCGUUCCCAUCAGGCCGUCUGGUAUAGUCUGGACGGCGAUGCAGAAGUGAACUUCGAGCCACAUCUGAAUUCCUCCUGGGUCCUCCGGCCCCGAAUGCUGAUUGCUGCGGGCUACUCCACCUGCCCUGACGUGCCAAAGGCCCAGGCCGGCCCGGUUCUCUUGGAGGACCUGGAGGAGGGACAGAUCAAACGCAUUUCGCAGAUUGGAACGGAGAAAUGGAUGAAGUAUAACAUCUCGGUGGACUUGUUAGGACUUCGUGAAGUGCAAGCCCCCGAAGACGUUUUCGACCAGUUCAACCACCUGCGGGACCGGCUCUUAGGUGACUUGACCACACCCUCCGAAAAACACCUGGAGAUUUGCUUGACGCCGUUCUGGCAAGGAGCAGAACAGAGUUUCAUUCCUGUGCGGCUUGACGAUGGCAAGAAUUGCAAGGGCCAAAAAGACCCAACGCGAUCCGAGGGCUUUUGGAGAUCUCUCCAUCCCGUUGUCAGCUGUGAGAAAACUGCACCCCAGAUUCCAGGUCUACCCGCGUCGCCUUCGAAGAAGAGCACAGAUUGGUACAACUUGGUGGUCUUGAAGAAUCCGGACGAUCGAAGUUGUGGCUGGCGCCUGUCCAUUUCGAACUAUGUGGCACCCAUCGUCCCAUACCUCCAGAGACCUUUUCACAAGGUUCCGGUGAAAACUUUAGAGAUGCCUGCGAACUUCAAGCCUUCCAAGUUGAGCAGCUGGGUCCUUCUGCCAGACUUGGUCUUUGGUCUUCGUUCCCGCAACACGGACCUGGGCAGCGUGUGCGUGACGCUUCCCAUGAGCUCGCAUCACCUGCCACGUGAUCUUAGCCAGCAAGUGUCGAAGGCCUUGAGAACGGUGAGGGUCUUGGAAUCUGAAAGGCAUGAGAGCCAUGUGAAACACAAGAGUUGGGCUUCAAACAUCGUCUCCAUCGCUUCCGGCAAGCACUCGGAGUCCUCCAGCCACUCAAGACAGAAAGGCAAGUUCCUGCCCCGCGAGAACGAGAUGGUCGAGGUCUUGAAGCGCGACGCCACGGGUUGGACCUACGGGCGCUUGGUGGAGCCCGAGCCGCCGAGUGCGACGAGUACGACGAGUGCGACGCCCAUCGAGGGAUGGUUCCCGGACUGGUGGCUUCCACCGGAAGAUGCCGAUUGGAUGCAGGAGUGCCUCGACGAGUUUCAGGAGAUGGACCCUGCGCUUCAGGGUCUGCCUCAGCUUCCUUUGAGUGAACAGAAAGAAGACCCCUACGACAUCUAUGUGGACGUCUUCGCUGAGAUUUCAGGGAAACUGAAGUGGAACGACAACUUUCAUGUGGACAAACAACUGUUGACGCCUCAUCUCUUCACCAUUGAACAUGAAGACAAGCAGGUCCUGCACUUUUUCAAUCCCUCGGAUUGGAUGGCGGGCCACCUGCACCAUGCCGAAGAAGCCUUUGACCACCGCACCGUGCCGCAAUUUUUCGCGGAGCCCGCGAGCACCACCUCAGGACGCCACGAAGUGCCCUAUGGCCCGGCCCACCUCUGGCGUCGCGUGCUGUGGGGCCGCGCCGGGCCGUUGCGGCAUCAACGGACGGCGGAGUUGAAGGCCCUGGCGAAGAAGAAGGGCUAUCGCUUGGUGUCGCAUCAACAUCGCCCAGAAGCUCCAGGUGGCGGUCAUCUAUCUGAGAACCUGCACACCUUCGUUCGUGCCUUGGGGCAUAAGAUCCAACCGGAACAGGAUCGCGACAGUAAACUUCUGGCGCGCUUGUGGGUGUGCCCAGGAACCAUGAGCUACAAGAGGAAAGGCCCCAUCCACCUGUACGACAAAUCGCGAGCGCGUUGGACCUUCAUCAUGGAACCCACGAAUUUGUUGAGCGCUUUGCAGAAUGGGAAGUUCGUGCUAAUGGUCCGUCCCGGAACUGUGGAAGUGCACCCUUUGCCGGAUCAGGCGAUCCGCAUCCACGUAGGGCCCGACAUCACGGUGGAGGUCCCAAGCGAAGAGCUGGUGGAGCAGCUCAUAGAGAUUCUGAAGCAGGGCGAAGCACAGGAACAUCAGGCAUGCUCCAUCCUGGUGGUUCGCUUUCACCUGGCCGGGGAGGUGGUGUGGGCACCUCCCAACCAGCUUCUCACGUGGAACGAACCCGGGCAGGUGCUCUUCGUGGUGAAACUCGCGGAGACGGACGAGCUCGUCACCAUCCCGGUGCCCAGCUUCGACCUGCGCUAUCCGCUGGAGACCAUCUGGUAUCCUUCCAAGACCCUGGCGGGCGGCCGCGACUUCCGACCGGCUUCCGCGGCAGAGACGCUGCUUCCAGUGGACGGGGCGGCGGUUGCGCCGAAGCACAAGCACAGGGUGAAGCACGUGCCCGAGGACGGCUAUAGCCAUGGCAUCCGCGUCUCCAAGCACGCCUUCUGUUGCCGCAUCAUGAAGCAGGGCCACACGCGCAACUUCGACCGAGUCCGCACCAACAACUGGUUCCGGGCCGUCCUGAGCGAGGUGUCUCCAGACGUGGCGGCGCUGCCAAUACUGGAACAUCAGGACACAGAUUUCGUGAAAGAGGUGGUGCUCUCGAAAUUGGUCAAUGUGCGGCGGCGCCUCAUGGCGCCCGACGACAAGGAAGUUGGCACCUUGAAAGCUCACGUCCACCUGGAGGCCGUCGAAGAGACAGAUGGGACGCCGGCGCAGAUCGAAGUGGUGCAAAAUGUGCUGCCUGUGGAACGUCUCUGGCUCCACGAUUCCUUUGCGCUCAACGUGUACCUCCUCACCGUCCGAGGCAUUGAGUCGCCGGACUUCCGUGCGCCCUACAUCCGGGCCUUCAUCAUGGGCUCGGAGGAAGAACCACAACAGUAUUCGGCACGGCUGACGCACGAUGAUGGGAGUGGCUGCGAUUUCUACCAUCGGAUGACCUUUGAUUUGAUGUUGCCGGGCGACGGGGUGCUGGUCUUGCAGCUCUGGGCGAAGCCUCUGUUGCAGUUCACCGAUGAGCUUUUGGGCGAGGCUCAUGUGGACCUGGAAGAUCGUCAGAUGGCUCUGAUGUACAAACGCCUCCGCAGUGCUUCCAGUAGCCCCUGGAUCCAGACGCGUCUGUCGCCCAGCGAGGCGUUGGAAGUGACCACCGAGGUGAACCACCAACACCACUGGGGCAGAACCACCUGGUGUGACCCAACCAAGGUGCACCAGAAACGCCUGGAGCCCGGCGGCUCUCGGGCGGCCACGUUGUUCCACCCGCACAGCCGAAAGGCGCCCACAGCGUAUCGGCCCCACCUGGCACCACCCAGCCCAGCGCCCAUCGAAGCACUAGCGUUGUAUCGGGAUGGGAAACAGCGUGGAAAGGCUGGCACCUUAAGGACCUGGAUGGAUCUUUUCACCUUCCAGGAACGAGUGCCGGAGGUGGAUUUUUCCAGUCUUAAGGAGAUCCCCAUGCCGUUGCAGGUUCAGAUCAAGAUCUUUCAGGUGGACGGUAUCUCGGUCUUCAAAGAUUUCGGGGAGCGCAACGAUGUCUACGUCCGUGGGAUUCUGACCUGUCAGCCGGUGGGAAAGCAGGCGUCGGUGGCAUUGCUGCGGACGGAUGUGCAUAAAUAUGCACACAAGAUGGCGUCCUUCAAUUACAGCUGGACUUUCGAUAUCGAGGCACCCGUGCGGGAAUGUCAUAUGACCUUGGAGCUCUUGGAUCAAGACACGGUCACGGGCGCUGAUCAGAUCUAUGCGCCCAAGGUGCUGUCGUUGGAACCCUUGGUGGCCGCCAGCUACUUCGCGCGUACCUGGAAGAAGGCAGAGCCUUCCGAGGUGCACCACCAGGUGGUCUUCGACUGCUUUCCUCCGGACCAUCCGCUCCGUGCACGGCGCUGGUGCUUCUGCUGCUGUAAGCGCAGGGGCAAGCGGCCGCACGUGCACCCGGAGCCUGCGACGCUGUCAAUGGCUAUCGAGGUAACCUACCGGGAGAGCAUGGCGUUACCUCCCAGGAUCGAGUCCUUCGCCGAGCCCAAAGAUCGUGUGGACGUGCGAGAGCUGAUGCUGAGACCCCAGAAGGCCUUCCGCAUCAUCCUGGGACCCAAGAAUUUACGCCUGGUGAAGCAUACCUGCUGUUGGUGUGCCUUCCUGAUGGUAGUCCUCAUCACCCUGGCGGUGGCGUGGCUCUUUAUCCAUGUCUUCGUCGUUCCGUUGAAGUGACCAACAUUGAAGAGACGAUGGAAACAUCCCCCGGGUUUUGACAAAAAACGA